AUGUUUUUAAGUCGCCGUGUAUUUUCGGAGGCGAUUUCGAAUUUUCGACAAAUUUUGAGGACCACUGGUUUGGAAUUUGAGAAGGGAAUUGAGGAUUAUAGGAUUUUCAGGUGAAUUUUUGGGAAAUUUAUGACGUCACGUCAUUGACGUGGCAAAGCUUGGAUUUGGGAAACAGAUUUCUGAGAAAAAAUUAAACAAAUUUCUCUCAAAAAUCUGAAGUUCCUACUAAAAUCGAAUCUAAUCAACUCAACAUUUUCUAAUGUCGUAUUGAACAAAAAUAUUUACUAACUCAAAUUCUUUUUUUUUUUGAAAAAUUACCUUAGAAAUAAACGAGUUCAAUGUUUUAGAGAAACAAACGAUACUCCGGAUUGGGGAGUUGUUCGAAUGAGUAGUUAUGCGAUGUGUAAAAAUCGACCACAAGAAGCUCGGAAGUUUUUAGAAGAACAGUUUAAAGAAGUUGGAGGAUCACAGAGACAGGGUAAAUUUUUAUUUUCAGAAAAUAUUGAAAAAUUUAGAUUCCACGUCAAAAGUUGAUUGUUUUAACGUGAAGACAUUCAUUUUGUUUUUUAAUCGAAUUUUUUCAUUUCUAGCUCGUCACGUUCAAAUAACCGAAGCCCAAAUAAAUGCAAAUCUGGAAAGAGUUCUCAAAUCAAACAUUGAAACAGGAAUCAGAUUCUAUGAAUUCCUUUUAGAUUUUCGGUUUUGUGCGAAUCGCGAUGUUUAUCUCGAAACUAUAAUCGAAUAUAUAUUCAAAAAUGAUAAAAAUAACUGGAAAUAUGCGAUUGAAGUUUUGAAUCGAUUGCAAGAAAAACAAAAAUCAAAAUCGUUCAAAAUGUCAGCUUAUCAUAUUUUAAAAUCAUCAGUGGAUUCGGAAAAAGGUUACUUUCAACAUAUUUUUUUGAAUUUACACAUAAAUAUAAUAAUUUUCAGAUUUGGCAGAAUUGGUUAAACCAAGAACACUUCGAAAUUUGAGAAUAUUUUUGCGACUCGAAACAUCAAGUUUUCCGGAAGUUUUGGAUUAUUGCAGAAGUUUUGGAAAAUUCGAAAGUUCUGAUGUUGAUUUUCAUAUAGAAAUUGCUGGAAAAUUGAGAAGUUUUGAAGCGCUCGAAAAUUUAUUAGAAUUAUACGGAGGACAAAUGAUUAUUCCAAUGCCAAAAGGAUAUGAAAAACGAAUUGUUGAAGAAUUUAUUAAAAUAUCUGGUAGGAAAAAAAGCAAGAUUUUUUUAUUUGAAAGAAACAUUUGGGAUAUUUUUCAGGAAAAAGUGGGAAUCUUGAGAAGUUGGAAAGAUCGAUACAAUUAACUAGAACUAUAGAAAUGGAAGAUCGAGAUGUUUUAUAUGCAAAGAUUAGGCAUUUUUAUAAAUGUUUGAAUGUUAAACCACCUGUUAAGUUAUAUGAAUGA